CAGAUUUGCCGCAGUCUGUUCGCUGAGACGGUGUCGGAUAGAAGUAACGCUAUAGUUAGCUGUUGCAAAACAUGGCUUCGAAGAGCGAUUCUUUCGAUUCUAACUGCAUGACAUUGACAAGAUUUGUACUGUCCGAGCAACGAAAAAUACAAGAUGCUACGGGAGAUUUAACUCAGCUUCUGAACAGCAUACAAACUGCUGUAAAAGCGGUCAGUUCGGUAGUUAGGAAAGCAGGUAUUGCCAAUAUGUAUGGCAUAGCCGGAACUCAAAACGUGCAGGGGGAAGAUGUGAAAAAGUUGGAUGUAUUGAGCAACGAGUUGUUCGUGAAUAUGUUGACAUCCUCUUACACAACUUGCGUUCUCGUAAGCGAAGAAAAUACGAACGCGAUCGAAGUGGAAACUGAAGCGAGCGGAAAAUAUAUCGUGUGCUUCGAUCCGUUGGAUGGAUCGUCCAAUAUCGAUUGUUUAGUAUCGAUCGGUUCUAUAUUCGCGAUCUUUAAGAAACCGAGCGAACCGAGAGCGUCUAUGGAGGCGAAUGCUCUUCAACCUGGUAAAAAUUUGCUCGCCGCUGGAUACGCGAUCUAUGGUUCGGCAACCAUGAUGGUACUUUCGACUGGCCAUGGAGUCAAUGGUUUUACCUACGACCCAGCUAUCGGAGAAUUUAUUUUGACCGAAAAAAAUUUACGCAUACCUGCCAGAGGAAAUAUCUACUGCAUCAACGAAGGAUACGAGACUACCUGGGACACAGCCAUCAAGGAAUAUAUACAUUCGAAGAAAUAUCCUGAGAAUGGGAAACCGUACAGCUCAAGGUACGUGGGCUCUAUGGUUGCUGAUGUGCACAGGACGAUCAAGUAUGGAGGAAUAUUUCUUUAUCCAACAACGAAAACUCAUCCUACUGGCAAGCUGCGCCUUUUGUACGAAUGUAUUCCGAUGGCGUACAUAAUAAAACAAGCCGGCGGUAUGGCGACGAACGGGGAGAUCGAUAUUUUGGAGAUCGUGCCCGAGAAAAUCCACCAAAGAUCCGCGAUAUUUUUGGGAUCACAGGAAGAUGUGCAAGAAGUCUUACAGUUUAUUAAAAAACACAAAAAAUAGUGUACAGUGGGAAGAGAGUAGUCGAACGAAGAAAUAGUUUUCCGAGUUUUUAUUGUAAGAUAUAACUUGCUCGCACGUUCUAAGUAUAUGCAUUUUAUAAAUCAAAA